UGGAUGAAGGCCAGGAUCAUACAUGACAUCGCUGAGCUUCUCUUUCAGCUGAUACUUAAAGAUUUCCGUUUCCGUUGACAUUGUGAACUACUCUAGUUAACUCUCACUUCUGUCACCAACGCAAAGAAGCGCUUCCUUUCCCAGAUGCCAGCCAGCUACUGCUCAGAGUUUCAAACAACCCCCCUCUGUCCCGGUUCCUCCUGCCAGUCAUUCCGGAGGUUGACGUCAGACGCAGCGUCCGCCGCCUUCCCAGCAUGCAUCGCACCGCCGCUCUGCAACGUAGGCACUCGGCAAAUACAGGCGGCUGGUUUACUGUGGACGUAUAUCGAGGUUACAAUGGCGAGUCCGCGGACCAGGAGGGUUUUAAAGGAAGUGAGAACUCAGGAUGAAAACAACACAUGUUUUGAGUGUGGGGCAUUUAACCCCCAAUGGGUGAGUGUCACCUAUGGAAUAUGGAUUUGUCUGGAGUGCUCUGGCAAACACAGAGGCUUGGGAGUGCACCUUAGCUUUGUGAGAUCCGUUACCAUGGACAAAUGGAAGGAUAUCGAGCUGGAGAAGAUGAAAGCAGGUGGAAAUGGCAAGUUUCGCCUCUUCCUGGAGCUACAAGAGGAUUAUGACCCCUGUUGGACUCUGCAGGAGAAGUACAAUAGCAGGGCAGCUGCGCUUUUUAGAGACAAGAUAGCAACGUUAGCUGAGGGAAAGGAGUGGAGCAUUGAUACAUCCUCUGCCAAAGACUGGACACCACCACAAGCCAAGGCUGGUCUCUCCUCCUCACACCGCAGUUCAGCCGGUCCAGCGAAAAGCUCAGGACUCUCUUCAGAAAAGGCUUUCGAAGACUGGCUAAGUGAUGAUGUCAACUCUUACCAGAGUGGCGGUGGAUACAGUGGUCAAGACAAUCGCUAUGUGGGCUUCGGCAACACAGUCACUCCUCAGAAGAAGGAGGAUGAUUUCUUGAACAAUGCGAUGUCCUCUAUUUACUCGGGUUGGAGCAGUUUUGCAACUGGAGCUACUAAAUUUGCGUCUGUAGCUAAAGAUAAUACAGCAAAACUUGCCACUCAAGCAACUCAAAAGUUAAGGGGCUAUAAACCUCCUCCAGAGCCGGCUGCAGAGUUAGGCCAGACAUUAAAUGAGAAUGUUAUCAAACCUACCCACGAAAAGGUUAAGGAGGGCAAGUUGCUUGACGACAUGACAACCGGCUUCUCUGAGCUGGCUGUGAAGGUUCAGGGGGCUGGUUCCAAGGGCUGGAAGGACAUGACUUCUUUCUUCAGUGGGAAGACUGAGGACCCCACAGACAGGUCAUCAGUAGGUGGUAGCUACCAGAACAUGGACUCCCCAGAGGGCUCCCAUAGCGGCACUGGGGCCAACCAGGAUGGCUGGGAUGGCCCCGGGGGCAGCAGCAGCGCCAAGCGCUCCGGCAGCAGUGACAGCUGGACCGUCGCCGACGCCUCAGCAGGGAAGAAGAGCUCCGACAGCUGGGACAACUGGGCAUCUGAAGGGCCGUCCAACAACAAGCACAGCACGGGGGACAGCUGGGAGGCGUGGGACAGCAACUGGGAGAACAUGGGUGAGAACAAGGCGAAGAAGAGCCAGCCCAAAGCUGCGGAGGAAACCUGGGACAGUGCUGACUGGUAGGAGCGGUACUCCGAUAGCGCUCCUCCCCCUACAUUGACGCAGCAUCAAACGCACAGCGACCCCCAACGAUUCCUCUGAAAGUUUAAUGGUGCAGUCUAAGAGUAACGUAAGUUGUCUUUAUAGUGUUCACUUUGACUCGCCAGUAAAAUAUUUUUUUGAAUCUGUAAGAUCGAUCUCCAUCCACAAAGAUUCUGUCCCCCUCAGUUACUGUACAGACCGAGAACAAGAAACAAAAAAAUCUGUUUUAUGAUGCCACAAUUCUCAUUCUUAGUUUUUCCCAAGAAAGUAUUUGUUACAUUACCAAGUGCUUUUUAAAAUUAAAUAUAUUCAGGUAAAUUGUGGAAUUAUAAAAUAAGUAAUAUUGUUCACAUAUAAACUGCCUGUAAAAAAUAAAAUAAACAUUUCUGUAACAUACUUGUUAUGGAAUGCAAUUAAUUUGGUGCACAGUGAUAACUUUAACACUUUAACAUCCUGUCGAUGUAGCCAAAGGAUUGCAUACACUUGGUUCUUAAAAGUGGACGUUUUACGUACGUUCCAGUGAUGGCAAAUUUGUAUAUACUGUAAGCAUGUAUAAUAGGCUGCUGCAUCCUAAUCUGUUCUCUGUCAGAGGCCCUACUAAACUUCAGGUGCUGUUACAUGCAGUGAUAACCAUUGUAUUAUUGUAUUUUCACCUGAACACUGGGAUGGUCACACAGCAAUAAAAUGAGAUUAUCCUGCCCUCAAUUUAUUGCCGAGGCUCCAUGGAUCUCAGACCUGCAAAGUAAAUGACAAAAAACACAAAAAAAUAGUCUCAGAAUUCAAAUCAGUUGUUUGUAUAAAACAAAGCCUUAAUAUUUAGUGUGUUGGCAGGAGUCGGUGAUUGAGGAUUGGAAUAACUGGUUCUUCUGUAACCUCAGCAGCUGAUUGGACACAGCAUAUCCGUAACUGGGCCUGCUGGAAGCUGAUCCAUCCUAUGUGUGCAUUGUCGAAACUCUACUCGGUCUAAGUGCUGUUUCUCUUGUUUCUUGGAAUUACUCCUGCUUUCUUAACGCCAGUAAAGGAAAUUAGAGUGGUAUUGGGGAACGGUGAGGUGCUGCUCUCAUGACUAUCUCUUGUUUAUUUCCUGCUGUGGAGUAGUGUACGCUUUGCAGUCGGGUGUAUCUGGGAAUUUAUUCUCCACUCCUAUUUGCAAUUUAACUGCAUGGGUAGGAACCUCUGCAGUUUUGAUUGUUCCAGUUCUGUGCUGUAAAUAGACUGUGUGUGCGCAUUAAACCUUACUUGUUUGUUUAUAUUGUAUGGGAAAGGUAUUGCGUGACUUGUACUUGCUUGCCGUUCCCAGAUUCAUCACGAUCAGGUGCAAAUACAAUAGCUCCGUAUGUCUGGGCAUGUCGUGUGUAAUAGUUAAACAUCAUAAUGCUGUUGUGUAACAAAAGAUACAUGGGCUCUAUAAAAAUGUCCCCCCCCCCCCCACAAGAAAAACUAAAAAAAUGUUUAUGCUGCAUUUUUCAAACUCUUGAUAACAUGUCCCUGAAGUGUGAACUUUGCAUUGGUUGUGUAAAAGCGCCUUCCCAAGGUGGAUAAUUGUUAAAUCCUGUUUUGUUUGACCCUUAAAAUUUCCGUUGCCUCCAUAUAAAUUGAACUAUUGUUGUUGUUCUUUGUUUCUGCUCCAUAUGAACUGACAGUGGAGUGAGAAACAAUGUUAUGACUUGUUUCUCCUUUCCACAUCUCGGUUUAUAUUAUACUAUUAUACUAUAUUACAAUUUUAAUCUCUUCAUGCAAAUUUGCCAUUGUAAUAAGCACAUCUGUUCCAUGCAAUUUUUGUGAAAUAUAAGAAGUUAGAAAAUCCCAGACAAAUUGUUCCCUGCUGUGAGAUAUGACUUUUUACAAAUGAUCAAAUGACUUCAGAUGCAUGAGUGAUGAGGUUGUGCACUUAAUUAUUCAGGACUCUUCACUUCUUUUCAGAAUUUCGUUCAUAUGGCUAGUUGCAACAAAGUGUCUAAUAUAUAUCUUGCAUAUUUUCAUCAUUUUGUCAUACCUGGCUGUAAUUAUGGACAUUUUUAAAAAUAACAAACUACUCGGUCCCCAUCUCGAAUACUGUAGUCACUUUAUGCAUUUUUUCACAGAAAGCUUGUUGCAUGAUAUACACCAAUUUAAAUUUUAUGUAAAUGUAUAAAAGUCAUUUAUUGUAGUUUUAUUUUUCAGAAAAUAUAAAUCCUUUUUUUUGUGUCUAAUCAAAAAAAAUUGUCUGAAUUCCAGAAAGAUCAAUGGAAGUUUUGUCGUUUCACCAAAUUUUGUUCCACAGACCAAUAGCCCCCCCCUCUGGUUAAUGUGACAUUUGCUUUUUCACUGCAUAUUCUUCCUGUUUAAGACUUUAUUUUGAUAAAAUGCAUUUUUUUGAAAAUGACAGAAAGCAUUCCAAGGCCACAAGAGGUCACUAUGCUGGGUUAUAAUGUGCAAUAUAUUUUCAUGUCUUAAAUCAAUCUUUUCCCCUUGGGCUUCAAACAAAGCUGGGACCGGCCCGAUGGAGUUCAAACAAUGUAACAAACAAACUUGAAUGGGUAUCCUUGUUGUGUAGUCCUUUUGUCUGAAAAUAAAGACAAAAAACAUCA